CAUUGUCACUCAGACGCUCACUCAUUCGCGUCUUUGUCCGUCGCCUGUCACAUUCCUUUGACUCGGUAGCUGCGCUCGCCUCAUUGCCAAUUCGCGUAUAUAUCUUGUCCGACCCCGGCACUCGAUCAUUUUAAGCCAUACACAAUCCUCUAUACGUUCCAAACCAUCAAGAUGAAGAUCAGCGCUAUUGCCUCUUCCCUGCUCUGCCUGGCGGCUGCCCAGCUUGUCGCCGCAGACGCCGACACCACCUCCACCUCGACGGUGACUACUUUCCUCACUCGGACGCUGGUUCACGUCGACACCGUGACCUCCUCGAGCGCGUCGACCACGUCCGCACCUCUGAUUCCCACCCACGCGCCCAGCGCUCCUAGCAGCUCGGUGGCUGUCAGCUCCUCUGCCGUCCCGACCUCGCUUGUCGUCGCUCCUUCGGCCAGUGCCUCAGCCACCGCGUCUUCCGUUUUCACCGGCGCCGGCAACGUCAACACCGCUGGCAUGCCUGUUGCGCUUGUCGCCGGAUCUCUGGCUCUGAUCAUGGGCGCUCUGUGAGCAAAAGCCAGCAGAGUUAACAAUUGCCAGCUUGGUCGAGAUUGAUUGUGUGUUCAAGCCGGCUCCGAGGCCCAGGUUACACAUCAUGACCACCAGACUCUUUUAUCACUUUUCGAACUGUU